CUUCAAACUCCAAAUGUGAUUUGCUAAGAAAUUAGGCAACAGCGGCACUCCCACCCACAUCCAUCACUUACAGUAUAUCUCCACCUCCUCACCUCACAUCCAUAACAUUACCCAACUACCACCAUAUUACCAACCUUCCUCCCUCCAAAAAUGUCCGAACCACCCGACCUCUUCCAACAAUACUCAACCACCACCCUCUCCCCACCACCAACAACAACCCUCCUCCUCCUGCACCCCCUCUUCUCCCCCUCCCCGUCCUCGUUCUCCUCAACCCACACUCCCCCCACCCCACCCAACCCAUCCAUCUCCCUCGCCCCCCUCUCCAAAGCCUGGCGUCUAUCCCUCCUCAACCACCCACCCAUCCCGCACCUGAUCUUCGAUAUCAGCCUCCCUAAUUCCACCACAUCGGUAUACUGGGACACAGCCCCAGCGCCAACGCCCGAUGCUGUGGCGGUUAAUCUGAGAGAGGUUAUUAAUAUAGCUGUCACGAUAGCGACGGAGACGAGGAUGAGAUUGGCGAAGAAGGAGGAGGAGGAGGGGGAGGUCAGGUUUGAGGUUGUUUGUGGGGUGGGAGAUGGGGUUUCGGGGAGGGGGGUGAGGUUGUUGGAGAGGUGGCUUGGGGGGCUUUCGAGGGGUGGGGAGGGAGGGGAGGUAGGGGAUGUUUAG